AUGGGGAUGGACGGAUCAAACAACAACUACCAGCUAGGCCCCGGAAGUGGGAGUGAUCAGCUACAUCAAACUGCCAUCAACAGCAACGUAGCAAGACAGUCUCAGCAGCAUAAUCCGUACGGCAAGCAACAGCCUGUCAGCACCUCGGCAAGCCAUAGUCAGCCGGCCGGUGGCAGCUACCAAUCUUCUGGCGCCGGAAGUUCCACUUCCGGACUGCCAUACGUCGCGAGUUCCUCGCAGCAUCCGCACUAUCAACAGACGCUGCCACCGCAUUCGGGCAGCAGCGUGAACGUGAACGUAACCGUGAACGUGGUGGCCCGAUCCGUGACUGCCGGCACAAUGACGACGACCACGGCAACAACGACCAGCACAACGACCCUGGCACCCCCGCGGCCGAUGCAGAAGGUGAUCCCGACGGUGGUCUACCUGAUGUCCCGGAUCGCUGUACAUAUGGAGAUCGAGGGCACCGCGCAGUGCCCGGCGCAGGUGAUGCUUGCCGCCGCCCUUGGCUGUGAAGAACUAGGUAUAACGAACAAAUUGCUGGCCCAGAGUGUGUUCGGCCUCUGGAUGACCAGCCCGCUGCUGGAGGUGCAGCUGAAGCCACACCACCGGCCGUACGCGGUCCGGGUCGCCUGGUCCAAGCUGCUGGACAAGCACAGCCACGGGAACGAGCUGGAGAAGCUGUCCGACGAGCCGAUGACCACGCUGCGGCGGAACGUUUUCUUUUCCCGCCGCGACGAGGAGAAGAUCAAAGACCCACGAAUAUUGGAGCUCCUGUAUGAGGAAGCGCGGCACAACGUUCUGCUCGGCCGGUACGUGAUGGAACCGUCGCAAUCGAUCAUGCUCGGUGGCAUCCAGGCACGGAUAGAGCUAGGCCCUUACAACUCCCACACGCACUCAACCAGCUACUUCCGGGAAAACCAGUUCCGCUUCCUGCCGGCGCACGUGGCGAAAAGUUCCAGCUGGUCCUGGUUACCGAUCAGUCAACGAUCAUCGGCCGAAGUUCGGUUGCUGGAGCAGUUCAAGCGCGUCCCAACGACGGCCACCACCAAGAAGCUGAUGCGGAAGUACCUCGAGUUUUGCUGGGGCCUUCCGUUCUAUGGAGCGGCGUACUUUCACGGGCAGGUCGAGCAGCCGGUACGUGGUCUUAUGAGUUUGAUGCAGCAGAAAGAUCUGCCCGUGCUGAUAGCCGUCAACGAGCGGGGGAUCUUCGUGAUCGACCAGAUUGAAUGCACACUGCUUCUGGGGUUGAAGUACGAGGAGUUCUCGUGGGAGUACGCCUACGCCAAGCCGAGCAACGUGAACGACCCGGAAUGCUUACCGUGCAUCUUUCUGCAGUUCGGCGCGGUCGAGAACGGGAUCGCCGCGACCAAACUGAUGCAGAUCUUCUCCCGCCAGGCCGCCAUGGUGGACGCCUUAAUAACGCACUUCAUCGAGCAGGACAAGCGACGGAAGGAGAGCGGGGCCGACCCAGCGGACCAGGCCGCCGAACCGAACCCAAUAAAAAACAACGGCAUUGGCGUGCUGAGCAACAAGUUUACCCGGCUGACGCUGGCAACGUUCGAUGACGAGGGGCGCUGCAUUGGCCAGACGGGCUCGUUAUCGAUAAGCUAUUAACAUUUAAUUCUCAUUUAAGUUUUGCACCGCGGAACGUAAGGAAACACCUCCAAGGCGAUCGAGAAAUGAUAAGACCGUGCAAGAAUGGACCCUCCGUAGCAGCAGUCAGAUGGAAAUAAUCCCGUGUGACGAACGUUAAAUCUGAGCAAAAAGGCAAUCGAGUCGAGCGUGACGAAAAGAUGGAAUCGAGAGGACGGAAGAAAGUUUUUCCCUUGAACAGGAAAAAGAACAGAAACUGCCGAAAAGAAAAAAAAUGGCUCGCCGGAUCGCAGUUCCGAUGGUGUACUUUCCGUUUUUUGGAAAACGCACCGUGUUCCAUCGCGGUGGCCACCGUUGUACAUUUCACUAGGCGCCACACAAACGAUUCCGGAUCCCUCUCCCUUAGCCUUUUCCUUUUCCCGUACCGGAAGCUGUAACGGUGGAAAAUCGAAUUUACUUGUACAUAAUGAGCAAAACCGUGACAAAAGAAAAACCAAAACGAAUACACUCUCGAGUAGGAACACAUGUGUACCGAGCAGGUGGGCUGCAAACAGAAGCCAACGGACUCUCUAAUGUGGGUAGAAGAUAGCGGCAUCUAAUGCUUGCCGAAAAUAACCCGGGCUAGAUAACUAUUUCAAACAAAUAAUCGCAGAAAUUAGUGUAGGAAAGGGAAAGAGAGAAAGAGAGAUGGAAAUGGAUGAAUGCAAGGAAGCAGGGAAGAUUUGCGAAAAAAACACAAAAAUGGAAAUGAAGCAGAUACUACACCGAAUUGAAAUAAUUCGUAGUAAAUGGAAUGUUUGAAAAAGUUAUGGAACAGCUGAAUAAUAAUAAUAAUAAAUAGAACAGCACAUCGAUGUACAGAAAGGGAAGAAAAAAGAAAACGUUUCAGAAUGAACGAGGGAAUGAAUAGAAAUAGUGAAAGUGUCGUUCAUAAUAAAACAAAGUGGAAACUUCAGGAACUGUCGAAAGGGAUGGAAGUAAAUGGUGUAGAGCAUACUACCACUACUACUACUAUUACUACUACUACCACGGUCGGUACAAGCAGAAUGAGAAUAAUUUUGUAAUACUUUAAUUUAGUUAUACCGACGGAAGUAUAUACAUAUAUAAAUACAUAUACAGCGCAUAUACAUCUAAACAUUAAGAUAUUUUGUACCACGCAGGGUAAAAUGUGAAAAUUGAAGUCUUCAGUCUGCCCUCCCUCGGCCAUCUCCUCCCUCCCCAUCUUCCCGUAGAGAGACGAAAGAAGCUAGACGGCAGAGGUACUAUUCGGUACUCGGAACGAAGGAUCAAUCACCGUGAAUGUGGGGCGUAAAGCAUAUAAAUAAAUCAAUCAUGCUUCAAGUUGCAAGCUAAAUGAAUUAAAACGAAAUUAAUGUGUGCAAAAGUGGUACAUGAAGCAAACCCCGUAACGGACGGGUUGGGUAAAGUAAAUCGAUAUAGAAAAAAGUAAAGAAAUGCCCAAUCGAUAGGACGAAAGGGAGAAAAAAAAGAUCGGUUAGCAGAAUGAUAUAAACACAAAUAGUCAAAUACAUAACAGAAUAUAACAUAAAAAUAUACAGAAACAGAAACAUACCAAUAUACACAAACACAACACAUGACGCAACGGGGCGAUCCCAUACACAACCAUACCACUGCAAGGACAUGGUGUCAGAAACACGCAAACACUAGUAACCGAUAUCAAUAUUGUAAGUAAUUAAGGUGAAGUAAAGCAGAAAAAACGAAAAAAAAAAACAUGGAGAAAAAGGCAGUAGCACAAUGAUGAAGCAUUUUGUGGACAACAAAAACAAACAAUCGUGUAAUAAAUA